CGAAGUUUUCGUCUUCGUAUGGCCUAUCUGCUUCACGGCAGCACCGCGCACACAUCCAUGGGCUGGGUGGACUUAGUACCUCGCGCUGGAGGCUCUCUUUACAUUGGUGGACUGUAUGCGCUCUACCAGACAGAUCUUAUACGUGCCGCUGGCAUCACACAUGUCCUCUCUGUCAUCGACUACGAUUCUCUACUUCAGAAACACUUUCAACAUCUAAAACACUAUCAUAUACGCGCGGAUGACGACCCUAAUGAAAACCUCUUGAUGCAUUUCGAGAGUGCUAGUGCGUAUAUCGAUGAAGGACUGAGAAGUGAAAGCAUCGAUGAUGAAGGACGUAAAAAGAACGGAGGCGUGUUUGUGCAUUGCGCUAUGGGGAAGAGCCGGAGCGCGACUUUGGUCAUAGCGUAUUUGAUGUGGAAAUUCGGUAUCGGAUGGGAAGAAGCGUUGGAACAGUUGUGCGAAGGUCGUCCUGUUUGCGAUCCCAAUGUGGGUUUCAAAGAACAACUAGGGGUAUGGGCUAAGAUGUUGGAAUGCAGCGAGGAGCAAGAAAGGAAGAGCAUCUAUGAGAAAUGGAAAGAAGGAAGAUUCAAAGGGACAUCUUGGGAAUGGGAAGCCCGGACCAGACGGGAUCAUUCGAAUGACAAUGUAAAAGCAAAGAUCUGA